GAGUGCGGUAAGAGCUUCCGGCACAGGUCAACGUUGACCAUCCAUCGCCGCGUGCAUUCCGGGGAGAGGCCCUACAAGUGUCCCGAGUGCCAGAAGAGCUUCACCAACAGCUCGGAGAUGGUGCGGCACGGCCGGAUCCACACCAGCGAGCGACCCUACGGCUGUUCCCAGUGCGGGCGGCGUUUCAGCGACACCUCCCAGCUCCUCCGGCACUGGCGGAUCCACAGCGGAGAGCGACCCUCCGAUUGCUCCCAGUGCGGGCAGCGAUUCGGCGACAGCUCCCAGCUGGCGCAGCACCAGGAGACGCACACCGGGGAGAAGGAAUACCGCUGCUCCGACUGCGGCAGAAGCUUCAACCGUAGCUCCAACCUCCUGGUUCACCAGCGAACCCACCUGAAGCAGAAACCCUACAUCUGCCUGGAUUGCCCCAAAAGCUUCACCUGCAGCACCCAACUCAUCCGGCAUCGGCGCAUCCAUAACGAGGAGAAGCCUUAG